GUUUAUUUCCUGGAACUGGAUUUGACACCUCUGUCAAUGAUGUGGAUUAGCAUUUUGGUCCAUCAAUGACUUUGACCAUGAAAUAUGCAAAUGAUCCUUUUUUUCUUUUGGAAGGCCCCACCCCAUCCAUGUAAAAGGGCAUUCCAGUGAGUUUGCGAUCCACCUCCAGUACAUUGUUUGAGGCUCAACGGGUGCAUCAUGUCCCGAGUGGAGGCCCUGGCAGACCCCCGACUUGGCUCGCUCUUGAAGGGUCUUCGCACGGAUAUUGCCAUGGCAGUGCAGGACGCCUUCCCUCUGGUUCACGGCUUGGCUGACAAGAACGUUAUCAGUGAGCAGAUGCUGAAGGACACUGUGGCGCAGGAGGCCCGAGACGGAAUCCACAAGGCCAUAUACUCGCUGAUCUCGUGGGUAAUGGAACAGAGUGCCUCCACCAUGCAAGCCUUCUGGAGGAACCUGAACAAGACCUACAACCUGGACAGUUACCCCAAACUGCGAGCACUACUCGCUCCCCACAUUGCCUGCAAGAAGAGUCGCGGCAAAAAGAGGAACCACAAGGACAGGGAAGAUCAAUAUCGCACCACGACUUGCGACGGGACUGCAGCGAGUAAAUUCAAGUUAUGCAAAGUGAAGAGUGAAGCCGCGUGUGGCACAAGUUCUGCCAGAAAGUGCAUCAAACUGCCAGGAAACUUUUACAAAUGUAAAGAGCCCAAGUCCAAAGUUGCCAUGGCAACCUUUCAACACAGGAGGGAGACAACAGCAGCUUCUGGACAGAACCAUCACAACGAUGACGAGUGUGCGGUGUGCAAAGACGGAGGCCAGUUGAUCUGUUGCGACGGAUGCCCUCGAGCUUUUCAUUUAACCUGCCUGGACCCUCCACUCACAGCCAUCCCCAGUGGUUCUUGGCGUUGUAAGGAAUGCGGUGGUAGAGAGGUCAAGGUACAAAAAAUCCAGCAAGCUUUGCAAGUAACCACCAACUCAUCCCUCCGCAAAGGAGGUAAACACGCCCCCAACUGUCCUUAUAGUGCGCAUGGCACAUCGUUGCCGGCUGAAACGUUUGAAAUGUAUCAAAUGAAGAGCCCAGACACGUGCGGUAUUUGUCACCUGGGAGGAGGAGACCUCGCUCGUUGCCUUCAGUGUUCCAAGUGUUACCACCGCCACUGCCACUUCCACAUCGGGCGAUCCACCUGUCUGUCGUGCUCCAAGGCGUUGGUCAGCACUGCAGAACAGGAGGCCGACACCAAAUGUUUACAGCUUGCCACAGCGGUCCAUAACCCACACGGCCACGGACCGAGCUCAUUGGUUCAGAAAGACGAAUUGGACUCCAUCCUGGGAGACACCUCCUUGGAUGGCAUCCUGCAAUGGGCUUUUCAUAACAUCUCUCAGCCUCUUCUUAACACUCACGGGUGCUACCAGUGACUUGGAAUU